AUGUAUAAAUAUGGUGUUGAAUGUCUAUUUCGAUUUUACACAUAUGAUCUAGAAAAACAUUUUCGUCAGCAUGUAUUUGAAGAUUUUCAACAUGAAACUCUUUGUAAUCAUGAAGCUGAAAAAUUCUGGGCAUUUUUAAAAUAUUCUCGACAAAAACCAAAAAUUAAUCGAAAACUUGAAGAAAUUUUAAAAAAUUAUAAAAAUCUUGAAGAUUUUCGUGUUGAUGGUGCAUCAUUUCUACAACAAUUUUUUCCAACAAAAUCAAAUUAUAACUGUUCAGCACCCGAAGCAAUUGCUGCUGCAGUAGCAAAGAACAGUGAUACAUCAAAUUCAUUAAAACCCAAUGGUGAACAAUAUCUGAACGGUGCUAAACUUUAUACACGUUUUGUUUUUCUUUUAUUUUGUCUAAAAUAA